UUUUUCUUUGCCAUAAUCAAUACACUCAUCUGUUCAUCCUACUCGGGCUUCAAGUCCUCAGACGUGGAUUGAUAUCGGAAGAAGUCCGUCGUCACGAUAAUCGUACAACACCUUGACAGACGAAGUGGUUGGCAAGAUGGCCCCCCUUUUCCCAACACUGCAUGCGCUUCAGCAGACUUUCGGGUCCGGACCGCUUGCUCUCCCCAGCCACGGCGAAGUUCCAUCGCCAAGCAAAGCGACAUCCCGUCAGGCCCGCUCUGAGCUCUACAGCGCCGCUUUCUCCGUCGUCGACGACUCGAAGAAGAAGCUGAGCACCGAGGCCCAGAAGGAGUUCGACAAGGCUAAGAAGGGCCAAAUCGAGCUAUACUCGCCCGGUUUCUAUGCCGCUGCUACAUUCGGCGGUCUCCUUGCUUGUGGCCUCACACAUACUGCCGUUACCCCUCUUGAUCUUGUCAAAUGCCGUCGCCAGGUCGAUGCGAAGCUGUACAAGGGUAAUUUCCAGGCAUGGGGCCUAAUCUACCGAUCGGAAGGCCUUAGGGGCAUAUUCACUGGCUGGGGGCCUACGCUCGCCGGUUACUCGGCACAAGGAGCGUUCAAAUACGGCUGGUACGAGUACUUCAAGAAAACAUAUUCAGACCUUGCAGGCCCGGAGAACGCUUACAAGUAUAAAACGCUUCUCUAUCUAUCAGCUUCUGCCUCGGCUGAGUUCUUGGCCGAUAUUGCGCUGUGCCCCUUUGAAGCUGUCAAGGUCCGCAUGCAAACCUCGAUCCCGUCGCCAUACACUGGGAUGGUGGAUGGCCUGCGCAAGAUAAGCGCGUCAGAAGGUAUCGGCGGUCUGUAUAAAGGCCUUUAUCCCCUCUGGGGACGACAAAUUCCGUAUACAAUGAUGAAAUUCGCUUCCUUCGAAACCAUCGUCGAGAUGAUAUACGACCGCAUGCCCGGUAAGAAGAGCGACUACGGAAAGGGCACCCAGACCGCUGUAUCCUUCGUUGGCGGCUAUAUCGCCGGUAUCCUGUGCGCCGUCGUCUCGCAUCCGGCAGAUGUGCUCGUCAGCAAGUUGAACGCAAACCGCCAGCCCGGCGAAGCCUUUGGUGCCGCCGUGGCCCGGAAUUAUCGCGAUACCGGGUUCAUGGGGCUCUGGAACGGAUUGCCUGUGAGAAUUGUCAUGAUUGGUACAUUGACCGGCUUGCAGUGGAUGAUCUACGACUCGUUUAAAAUCUUUAUGGGCUUCCCGACUACGGGUGGAGCGGCGCCGCCUGAGCAACAGAAGUGAACAUAGAGAUAGUUAAUUCGAGGGGGCUUAUACGACGUAUGGAGUGGUUUAGUUGUGUUGUCCGUUGCCGCUCAAUGGAAGUAAGCGUUGGCCUCCCCUGAGCUGGAAGAGUGAGUCUGCUCCGGCUAGGUUUCCCUAUCCUCCUUUUGUAUAUCUAGGAAUGCUUCCUUAUCCCUUUUCUGUCUGGAUUAUGUGAGUUGUUGUUGUCGUGCGAAUACGAACCGAACUUCAACAUCUACCUCCCUACUCUAGUUUGUGACAAGUCGAGUCUAUUGGUCAUGAGUUUUGUAUGUUUCGGUUGCUGGGAUGGAAUGUCCUUAAAGGUAUUGUAAGCACGUCCCUACUGGUGUAUAAUACAAAAUCUCUCUAUUGCGUAUGUCAUUCAGAUGACAUAAAUGACCGUGUUUCUCAUUAUUAGAUUGAGCCUCCUCGUACAGAUUUUCUUUCUCAUGAACUUCCACUAGAUUGAAGAAAAGACGAUGAAGCUCCUACUUACCUAUUACUAUCAAUUUCCUACCACCCUCAAAACCUUCUCUACGUAUACCUAGGUCACGUGUUUCAGCGAGUUAAGAAUUACGAUGGGGCAGUCCCAAU